CUUCCUCUGCACAUUUAACACUCUUGUUGCUAUUAUAUAUUUCAAUCAGAACUACUAAGCAAAAGCUAAUACUUCUUGCUAUUCUCAUGCAUGAAGAGUCCACCUUACAUUCAUCUCAUGUACUAAUGACCUUUCAAGUUAUUAAAUCCAACUGCUUAGCAACUAAUACGAAAAGGGUAGUUCAAGAAUUUCAAUACAGUUAAUUAAGAAAAUAUCAGAGUUGGAAACAGAUGGGAGGUCCCAUUCCCAUUAAAGCUUUAAAAGACUUUUCUUUUAUAAUUCACAUAUAUAUAUAUAUAUAGAGAGAGAGAGAGAGAACCUCAUUCUCCAUGAAUAAAAUUUGCUUCCACCUUUUCCUAAACAGUUACUAGCUUAAAGGCCCACAGCUAUGAACAGAUGAAUCUCAUCAUAAAAAAGAUGAAUUAUUGCAUAAAUAUACAAACAUACCCACCCACACUCGCACUACCUCCUGAAUUUACUAUGCUUUUUGGUCUUUGUGAUUUCAGUUUCUCAAGAAAAAAUCAGGAGUUGCAUUCACUCAUCUCUCGUACAACUCCCUUACUAUCACAUUUCUUGGUGUUUGGUGCAAUAAACUAUCUGUUGAUCUGAAUUCGAGGCAAAUCUCAGUUUCACAAACAUAGUACCCUUCUUCCCAAGCAUAGAUACGCAUUUUUGUUUCUUUAUUCACUGAAUCACAGGAUUUCAGGAGAUGGAUUAGUUACAGAUUUACAAAUGGCUAAGAGGAGCUGGUUCAAUCUAAUAAGGAGGUUUUUCACUCCAGACACACAGGGAAAUCAAGAAAAGAAGAACAAGAGAAGAAAAUGGGUUUUCUUUGGAAAGAUGAAAGUGAAAAGCAGGCUACCACCCAUUUCAGCACCAUCACCACCAAGAGCAAGAACAACAACACUAACUCAGGCAGAGGAGCAGCAGAGCAAACGUGCUUUAAAUGUUGCACUUGCCACUGCUGCUGCUGCUGAAGCAGCCGUUGCUGCUGCUCAUGCUGCAACUGAGGUUGUUUUGCUAACUGGUGUCCCUCAAUCUACUCAUCAAUGCCGGGAAGAAACAAAGAAAGAACAUUCAACCACCAAAGUACAAGCUGAUACACUUCACUCCAUUCAUCAAUGUGAGAAGAAAAUCCAAGAAUUUGCUGCCAUUAAAAUUCAAACUGCUUUUCGGGGUUUUCUUGCAAGGAAAGCGCUGCACGCACUGAAGGGGAUAGUGAAGCUUCAAGCGAUCAUUCGAGGGCGAAACGUGAGACGCCAAGCAAUGAAUACUCUGAAAUGCUUGCAGUCCAUUGUAAAUAUCCAGUCACAGGUGUCUGCCAAGAGAAUCCAAAUGGUGGAAGGCACUUGCGACUCUGAUGAAAAUAAACAGUUUCAACAAAUGAGCGACAAGAUAAUAAAGAUGGACACAAACAGUCAAAGAAGAUGGGACGGAAGCAUUUUUACUAAGGAGGAAGCAGAAGCCUUGUUUCUUAGCAAGAAAGAUGCUGCGAUCAAGAGAGAAAGGAUAAGAGAAUACGCCUUCAAUCACCGGAACUCAGCAGAAUCUGAGAGGAACAAGGUGAAUGGAAGGUGGAGGUACUGGCUGGAGCAAUGGGUGGAUACUCAAGUAUCAAAAAGUAAGGAAUUAGAAGAUUUGGAUACAGUUCUAACUUCAACACCAAAGCCAAGAGUGGAAUAUAGAGGGAAACAGCUUAAGCUGAGAGGCUUACAGAGACAGUAUAACAUUGAAGGACUAGAUUCUCCGUUAGCAGCUCCAAAAAGAUCGUUCCACAGAAAGCAAUGCUCAUUAGGGGAAGACAAUUCCUUCUCCAGGUCUCCUAUCGUUCCAACUUACAUGGCUGCCACAGAAUCCGCCAAGGCCAAAGCAAGAUCAUUGAGCUCACCAAAGCUAAGGCCUGGAAGUUGUGAUGCAUACUCUGAUAGCUACUCCCCAUGCAAGAACAAGCUGUCUUUGAUAUCAUCUACUGCAAGUGAAGUUAAGCUCGGAAGACCAAGUGCUUACCAACAAAGGUCUCCAAGCUUGAAGAACCUUCCUGGUCCUGUAAAAUCUAACCGGACACUGAAAGAUCUCAGCUUUGAUUCUGAGUGCUCAUUCCGGACUUGGGAUCAACAAAGUGCGUUCCGAUGAGAUAUGUUUUGAACAUUGGCUUCAAAUGGCUAAACUAGUUGUUUUCUACAUAUAUAAUUUCAAUAGAGAAUUAGUUGAACAA